GGGGUUUGGGAAACAAGGAUUUCAGUGCCAAGUUUGCUGUUUUGUGGUUCACAAGAGGUGCCAUGAAUUUGUUACGUUUUCUUGUCCUGGUGCAGACAAAGGGCCUGACACUGAUGAUCCCAGAAGCAAACACAAGUUUAAAAUCCACACAUAUGGAAGCCCAACGUUCUGUGACCAUUGUGGAUCAUUGCUGUAUGGACUUCUACAUCAAGGGAUGAAAUGUGACACUUGCGAUAUGAAUGUUCACAAACAGUGUGUAAUAAACGUCCCAAGUCUGUGUGGAAUGGAUCACACAGAGAAAAGAGGAAGGAUUUAUCUGAAAGUUGAAGUCAGUGGUGACAAACUGCAAGUCACAGUACGAGAAGCAAAAAACUUAAUCCCUAUGGAUCCAAAUGGACUUUCAGAUCCAUAUGUGAAGCUGAAACUUAUCCCUGACCCGAAGAAUGAAAGUAAACAAAAAACAAAAACCAUCCGUUCCACUCUAAACCCACAUUGGAAUGAGUCAUUUACAUUUAAAAUGAAACCUACAGACAAAGAUCGACGGUUAUCUAUAGAAGUUUGGGACUGGGAUCGAACGACUAGAAAUGAUUUCAUGGGAUCUCUUUCAUUUGGGGUGUCAGAGCUUAUGAAAAUACCAGCGUGUGGAUGGUACAAGUUGCUUAACCAAGAAGAAGGUGAAUACUACAAUGUCCCAAUUCCAGAAGCUGAUGAUGAUGGAAAUGUAGAACUCAGACAGAAAUUUGAGAAAGCCAGACUUGGACCAGCUGGUCACAAAGUCAUUACUCCAAUAGAAGACAGGAUUUCCAAUAUACCAUCCAACAACCUGGACCGUGUGAAGCUGACAGAUUUCAACUUUCUCAUGGUGCUUGGGAAGGGGAGCUUUGGAAAGGUGAUGCUGGCAGACAGGAAGGGGACGGAGGAGCUGUAUGCAGUCAAAAUAUUGAAAAAAGAUGUGGUGAUUCAGGAUGAUGAUGUGGAAUGUACCAUGAUUGAAAAACGAGUCCUAGCACUGCAGGAUAAGCCACCUUUCCUAACACAGCUGCAUUCCUGCUUCCAAACAGUUGAUCGUCUGUACUUUGUUAUGGAGUAUGUGAAUGGUGGUGACCUCAUGUAUCACAUUCAGCAAGUAGGAAAAUUUAAGGAGCCACAGGCAGUGUUUUAUGCAGCUGAGAUUUCAAUUGGGCUAUUCUUUCUCCAUAAAAAAGGAAUUGUUUAUAGAGAUCUGAAAUUAGAUAAUGUGAUGCUGGAUUCAGAAGGACACAUAAAGAUUGCAGAUUUUGGGAUGUGCAAAGAACAUAUGACAGAUGGAGUAACAACGAGGACAUUCUGUGGCACUCCCGACUACAUUGCACCAGAGAUUAUUGCUUAUCAGCCCUAUGGAAAAUCAGUAGAUUGGUGGGCCUACGGUGUGCUGUUAUACGAGAUGCUAGCUGGUCAGCCUCCAUUUGAUGGGGAGGAUGAAGAUGAACUCUUUCAGUCCAUAAUGGAGCACAACGUUUCCUAUCCUAAAUCGCUGUCCAAAGAAGCUGUUUCUAUCUGCAAAGGGUUAAUGACAAAACACCCUGCAAAAAGGCUUGGCUGUGGGCCUGAGGGGGAGCGAGAUGUCAGGGAGCAUGCAUUCUUCAGGAGAAUCGACUGGGAGAAACUGGAGAACAGAGAGAUUCAGCCGCCAUUCAAGCCUAAAGUGCACUUCUGUACCAAAAUUCACUGGCUUCAGUGGGCAUCGAGGUAUUCGUGUGGCAAAGGUGCUGAAAACUUCGACAAAUUCUUUACUCGAGGACAACCAGUGUUAACACCGCCUGAUCAGCUGGUCAUUUCUAACAUAGACCAAACAGAUUUUGAAGGGUUCUCCUAUAUCAACCCACAGUUUGUACACCCGAGCUUACUAAGUGUAGUAUGAAGCUGAUAGACAUGAACAAACCACACAGUGGAAAAUGGACCUUUGCCCUAGAAUUUUUAGGCCUUUGCCGUGUUGGUUCCAGUUGGGCCUGGAAAUUGUAGGGUAAAAAGUACAGGAGGAGGGGGAGGGAAAAGGACACUCAUUCAGGAUUUGGCUUUGCAACAAAGAGAAGUUGUCUUAGUAGAAGCUCAUGUGAUAUAUAGUGUCCAUUUAUUCACACUACUGGCUGUAGGGUUAUUCUUAUGAAGUUAGCCAUUUUCGGUAUAUUUUAAUAUAUUUGCAUAAUUUCUAUUGUCCUUUUCCACCUCCCCUCCGGCACUGGAAAAGCGUAUUAGAAAGAAUGAAACAGCAUCAAGUAGGCUGGAAAAAACAAACAACCCACCUUAAAAUGGAAAGUCUUCAGCCCUUAAAUGUGGAUAGCAUGAAAUGUGAGCAGUAGGCCCUGAGGGACUACUCUUCCUUUUGGUCUUCCUGAUGACUCCUGAUGAAACGACAGCACAAGUGACUGAAAGGGAGGGGUAACUGCGGGGGGGAGGGGCACUGUGUAAGAUUGUUCAAAGCAAAAUGUUUCAAGGCUAUUGAUUGCUUUUAGAAAAAUAUGGACACGUACCAGGUUGGUUUUUUUUAAUGAAAUAAUGUUGGACACUUGGGCUUUGAGACUCAAUUGCACAAAGCAGACGCAAAUUUAAACAGAUUUUCAGUAGCGGCCAGAUAUUUAGGAUUGAUGGUAACUAGCGCCCAGGACAAAUAUUAGCUCAAGGAUAAAAUUGCAUAUUUAAUAGUAAUAAAAAUAAUAAUACUUGUGUUAACUUUAAUCUCCAUGAGAUUAUUCUGUGCUCCAGGGUGCCAUUGUUAGUUAUAUUAAUUUAAUUUACACCACUACUCAAGUUCAUUGUUAGCCAGUUCUACUAAUACCAAUAUUUUGCUAUAAAACUUUUGUUAACCAGAGUGUGAAACAGAACUGUAACCCCUUACAACCCACUCACACUUAUUCAUUUAGUAGGCUGCAGACUAGGGUAGUAGAGGAGAGCACUGUGUGCAGUAAUUUAAUGACAGUGUGGAGUUCAAAGUCACUUCCUGCUUUCCCCAAGGUAACUUAGAAAAAUAUGAGUUUUUUUGGUCUAAAUUCCACUUUAAAUAUUGGUUUAAAACCCGUGGAGCUGUACAAUAUGGGAGCCUGAAAGAAAAAGCAGUUAAAAAUUGUUUUAUUGGUGGAAGGGAAUUUAAUACAUUUUGCAUAUGCUUCAUGCAAUGAAUUUUGCAUGUUUAGUAAUAACCCUUAAUAAUAAGCAAAUCUCUAUUAUUGACAUAAUCGUAUCAAGUAUAAAGAGAGUAUUAAAAAAAUUAUAAGACAAAA